CGCCAGCGUCAUCUCCAGGUGCAUUCUGAACCUUCACAACUGCUUUGGACAACUUUUCAUAACUACGACACCACACCCGCCACAACACAUCGCAUUUGCCAAUUCUUUUCCAAACAACUUGCUAGACACUAUCUGGGUCGAAUAUCUCGAAAAUGAGUUCUUUCGGAAAGCGCAAGCCGCGCAUUAUCCAGACUUUCGACGACGAGGAUGGCGACCUUCCUACGCUGCUUGGAGGAGAAGAGCCGAAGAGAGAACAACCAGUACCACAAGGACCGAUCAAGUUUGGGCGCAGCAAGCCUGUUAAAUCCUCGUCACUACGAAGAACGAUCAAGAUCAACGAUGACAACGACGACGAUGCACAAGACACCAACGGCGACGCCGCCAAACCUAUUUCAACCAGUACGAGUGCGGCACCAGAUGAGGCGGAAGGCGACGAGGACACUGGUGUGCCGCUCGUGGUACGGCCCGGCUUCGGUCGCUCAGCCUCCAGCAAGAAGAAGCGCGUCUCGAAACUAUCAUUCGGAGCCAGCGAAGGCGACACGGAAGACGGCGGCAAUGAUACGACAACAACUGCCAGCAGCGACGUGGUCAGCGCACCCAGCAAGAAGUCGCUAAGCCAGCGAGUAGCCGAGAAGAACGCGCUUCGCAAAUCGGCCCUGACCGCACGAUUCGGCACAUUUGGCGCGGACGAAGAGAAGCCUCGAUACAGCAAAGAGUACCUCGAAGAACUCCAAACCUCCACGCCAGCCACACCACAGAACCUCGCUUCACUAAGCAUCAUCGACGAUGACGACGACGACAGCCUCAAAGCCCACAGCGCGCCACCGCCGGAGCCACCUGCUGCGACCGGGGCCACAGACGACGCAAUGGACCUCGACCCCUCCGAGCUCGACGGCGCCAUGAUCGUACAAUCCCGCGACCUGCCUGUAGCGCGCACCGGCGAUGCGGGCCCGUCAGCGGCAGCCCACAUCCUCACCGAAGCCGAAAUCCGCGAGCGCAAAGAGCGGCGUGCGCGCCUCGCCAAGGAACACGACUUCAUCUCGCUCGACGAUAACUCCGACAGCGACGACGACGACCGAAAACGCGUCACACUCAGCCUCAACAAAAAGUCCAAGAAAUCCGAAUCGCGCCUCAUAGCCGAAGACGAAGACCUAGGCGAAGGCUACGACGAGUUCGUGACCGACGGCUCCCUGGCGCUGGGCCGCAAAGCCGAGCGCGAAGCCGCCAAGCGGCACCGGCAGGAGAUGGCGGAGAUGAUCCAGGCCGCGGAGGCCGGUUCGGACGCCGAGAGCGACGACAGCGAGGCGGAGCGACGGGCUGCGUACGAGGCUGCGCAGCGGCGGGCGGGUAUGGAUGGGCUGCAGAAACCGGAGGACGACAUGAUGGAGAUUGACGAAGAAGGAGGAGGAGGGGUGAACCAGAUCCCCAAGAUGAAACCGCUUCCGGAGCUCGGGGAGGUAUUGGCAAGGAUGAGGGGUUUGGUACAGGGGUUGGAGGAUGAGGUGAGCAGGCGGAAGGCGAGGAUAGAGAGUCUGGAGAAGGAGAAGGGGGAGAUAUUGAGUAGGGAGACGGAGGUGCAGGAGAUAUUGAAUCAAGCGGGGGCCAAGUAUCAAGCGGUUAUGGGCGGUGCUGGUGCUGCCGGUGCUACUGCUGCUGGUGCUGGUGCUGCCGGUGCUGCGGCGACGGCCGCGACAAGUGCCGCUGCUGCUACCGGGGCCACUACGCCUGGUGAUGCGUUGAAGUUUGUUACGCAGUCGCCUUUGAGGCCAUUACCGCCUGGGUUUGCGGUAGAUCUAGCUGCGACUCCCAAGGAGAGAGGGUUGGAAAACUUUGGGACGCCAACGCAAGAAAAGGGACCGAAUGAUAUGGACACUGAGAUGGCGAUGUAAUGGGUACGAUGGGCAUAGACUAUAAGGGCUUACAACAAUGAACUCAAAGCGAUCUGAUAUUUUCAAUGACAAACAG